AUGUGGUCACGAACGAACCAAGCGGCUGAGGAGUUGUACUCUCGCCUCCUGCAGGGCUUUGAGGAAGAAAAGAAAGGAAUCUGCAAAGAGCCAUUUAUCUAUGAGACUGAUGUCCAAGUGCAAUUAAUCAGCAAAGGCCAGCCAAACCCUCUGAAGAAUAUUUUACAUGAAAAUGAUGUUAUAUUUAUUAUGGAAAAAGUGCUUUUAGAAAAGGAAGAAACAGGUUAUGUUGAAGAAAUACAGUCUGAAGAAACUGCUAUUUCUGAUUUCUCCACUGGUGAGAAUGUUGGACCACUUGCUUUACCAGUUGGGAGAGCAAGGCAGUUAAUUGGACUUUACACCAUGGCUCAUAAUCCUAAUAUGACCCAUUUGAAGAUUAAUCAGCAAGUUACUGCCCUUCCUCCCCUUUGGAUAAGAUGUGACAGUUCAGAUCCUGAAGGUACCUGUUGGCUGGGUGCUGAGCUUAUCACAACAAACAAUGGCAUUACAGGCAUUGUCUUAUAUGUGGUCAGUUGUAAAGCUGAUAAACAUUAUUCUGUACAUCUUGAAGACCUAAAAAAUUCACACAAGAAAAGGCAUCAUUUGUCCACUGUAACAACCAGGGGCUUUGCCCAGUAUGAGCUCUUUAAGUCUACUGCCUUGGAUGAUACAGCUUCCACAUCACAAACUACAAUCACUUUGGAUAUUUCCUGGAGUCCUGUGGAUGAAAUUCUUGAAAUCCCUCCACUUUCUUCAACUGCAACUCUGAAUAUUAAAGUGGAAUCUGGAGAGUCAAGGAGUCCUUUGAAUAAUCUCCACAGACAAAUGAAAUUUCUUCUUGUCUUGGCUGAUGGGUUGAGGACUGGUGUAACUGAGUGGCCUGAGCCUCUGGAAGUGAAAUCUGCUGUUGAACUUGUGCAGGAAUUUCUAAAUGACUUAAAUAAACUGGAUGGAUUUGGUGAUUCUACAAAAAAAGACUCGGAGGUAAGUGAUUUGAAGCACGACUUUGCUGCAGUUGAGCGAUCCAUUGAGAGUGUAUUCACAGCACGGGGUGACCUCGAUUUUGCUGAGCAGCUGUGGUGCAAAAUGAGCAGUAGUGUAGUUUCAUAUCAAGACUUGGUGAAGUGUUUCACGUUGAUCAUCCAGAGUCUACAGCGUGGUGACAUACAGCCAUGGCUCCAUAGUGGGAGUAGGAGUUUACUAAGUAAGCUAAUUCAUCAGUCUUAUCAUGGAACCAUGGACGCAGUUUCUCUCAGUGGGACUAUUCCAGUUCAGAUGCUUUUGGAAAUUGGUUUGGACAAGCUAAAAAAAGAUUAUAUCAGUUUUUUCAUCGGUCAGGAACUUGCAUCUUUGAAUCAUUUGGAAUACUUCAUUUCUUCAUCAAUAGAUAUACAAGAACAAGUGUAUCGUGUCCAAAAACUCCACCAUAUUCUGGAAAUAAUAGUCAGUUGCAUGCUUUUCAUUAAGCCUCAACAUGAACUCCUCUUCUCUUUAACACAAUCUUGUAUAAAAUAUUAUAAACAAAAUCCCCUUAAUGAGCAACACAUUUUUCAGCAGCCAGUGAGACCAAUUGCUAUGAAAAAUUUAUAUCAUAGUGAGAAGCCACAGAAAUGGAGAGUAGAAAUAAACAGUGGUCAAAAGAAGGUUAAAACAGUUUGGCAACUGAGUGAUAGCCCACCAGUAGACCAUCUGAAUUUUCACAAACAUGAUUUUUCUGAGUUGACACUAAAUGGUAGCCUAGAAGAAAAGAUAUACUUUACUAAUGUGGUUACCUGCAGCCAGGUGCAUUUCAAGUAA